AUGCGAUUGCUGCCGACGGUCGGGGCGAAGACGCUGGCGAGGAAUAUGAGCGGGUACGACUUGAAUAAAAAAGGAACGGCGCUCGGCGAGCGACGCGUGCCGGAGAGCGGGGGGUUAGCGGCCGGAUGCGCGUACGCGGUGGCGCUGACGAUGCAGCAGUUGUGCCAGAGGGGUAUUCGAUGGUGGUUCGGGCAGAGCGCGAGCGGGACGAACGCGUGGGCGCUCGAGCAGAACAGCGCGUUGGCGUGCGUCGGAUUUAUGAUCUUCUUGGGCUUCGUGGACGACGUGCUGGAUUUGCCUUGGCGAGUGAAGAUUGUCAUGCCGGGAUUCGCGGCGCUGCCGCUUUUGUUGUCCUACAGCGGUGGUACGACGGUGCUCAUACCAUCGCCCGUUCGCGCGUUGCUAGAGUUACCGGCGGGCGUUCGAUCGAUCGACGUCGGGCCGCUGUAUCUGUGCUACAUGUGGCUUUUGGUGGUGUUUUGCUCCAACUCGAUCAACAUCCACGCCGGAUUGAACGGGCUCGAGGCGGGGCAAUCGUUGAUCAUCGCCGGUGCGAUUUUGUUACUCAACGUGUUGUCGUUAGCGAACGAUCCGUCCACGGAGCCGGUGACCGCCGGCGCGCACUUGUUUAGCAUUUUUUUGACGCUGCCAUUCUUCGCCACGACGCUGGCGUUGUUGCGGCACAAUUGGUAUCCGUCGAAAAUAUUCGUCGGAGACACGUACACGUACUUCGCGGGUAUGACGCUCGGCGUCGUGGGCACGCUCGGGCACUUCAGCGAAACGUUGCUGUUGUUCUUUCUUCCACAAGUGCUCAACUUUGUGUACAGCACGCCGCAGCUCUUCAAGAUCGUGCACUGUCCGCGUCACCGUCUGCCCAUUUUCGAUCCCAAGACGGGGCUUUUGCAUCCAUCGAUGGCGACAGAGACGAGAUACAACAUGAAUCUCGUGACUUUAUUCUUGCGCCUCUUCGGUCCUUGCACCGAGCGCGUCUUGUGCGCGCGUCUGUUGGCGUUUCAGUUUCUUUCGUGCGCGUUCGCCUUCGUCGCGCGCCACGCGCUGACGGGCGUCUGGAAGUAG